CUUGCUGUCAUAUGGAGCAACUGGCUUACGGAGUUAGGACUAGUUCAAUUUCAGAUUUAAAAAAAUAUACAUAGCUAAAAUAUAUUUUAAAAUACGUUCGCCCGACAACUACAUCUUAGUUCACCUGACCACAAUGGAAUUUCGUCGCAGUAUAUGCUUCUCGCUCACACUGUUAUACCUCUUUAAUCUGGUUGAUUUUGUAUGGUCCAGGAGAUGCCCAAAUCCACCAGAAUGCAAGCUAGGCAUCAUUUCUAAGGAGUGCAAGUGCGUUUCCUGCCCGUCGGGCAAGUACCACGUUGUGAGGAGUGGCAAUCCGCGAUGCGAGUUCUGCACACAACAAUGCACUGCUGAGCGGCACCUGAUCCAGAUAAAGGACUGUACCGCCAACUCUAAUCGCGAAUGCCAUUGUGACAGGGGCUACUUUUGUGAAAGCUCUGCCCAGUACACCUGCCGAAGGUGUACUCUUUGUCCUGAUGGGACCUUCACAGCCACCACCUCACGACUGCAAUCCUGCAAACAGCAUACUGACUGUGGAAGUCUGGGCAAGGUUCUGAUCUCAACGGGCAACAGAACUCAUGACCACGUUUGCGCCAGCGUCACCACAAGCUCCAUCCCCAGGGCCCUGCGUGUAGUUCAGAAUGCCAUGGAACAGAAUUAUGUCGUCAAGGAAACAACUGUUCCUCCUUCCACUGCGUCUACAAAGACUUUUGCCCAUGAAACUGAGACGGUCAUCAACAUGCGGGCCGCCCAGACUGCUACACGCUACCACACUAAAAGAGCUAUCAUAGGUACAGGCCCCAAGAUGUCUCCAAGGGGACUGUCAGCACACAGUAUGUUCAGCAGAUGUACUUUCUCUCUGUAAUUUUACUGCGUAAUUUCUCCCCAAAAACAGGCAAUAAAUUAUAUGUUCAUGAGUUGCAUAUGUAAGCAAUUUGCUAGUCUGGUUGCAUAUAAUGAACAUAGUACUGUGCCCUUUGUUUUGCUAUAUACCUUCCAUGGAAUUCUGGGAUUUGGAGUAUGAUAACAAACUGUUGCAACCACCAGCCCCCACAGAUGUUGCCAAAUCUAACAAAACUGAAAAAUGAAGGAUUAUUUGGAUUUGAUAUCAAAAUGUUAGACAAAUGAAUGCAAGACAAAAGCACCGACAAUAAGCUUUUAUGUAAUGGUAUUUACAUGUAUAUAUGUUUUUAACACUUUACAGAAACCCCCAGUGGCCUGCCCAACACAAAUGACAGGCCUGGAGUACAGAAUGCCACGAAACAGAAUUCUGUUUCCAAGGAAAUAGCUGUUCUUCCUUCCAAUGUGUCUGCAAAGCAUGUUACCUCUCCAGAGGAACCCUCAGCACGCAGUAUGUUCACCAGCUGUACUUUCUCUCAGUUUAAUUUCACUGCAUAAUUUUCACAAUAGGCAAUAAAUCAUUUUUUAUUAUCUUCAUA